GAAGAACCGAGGGGCCCGAGGCGCUUGCGCAAGCGCGCGCUCGGCCGGUUGAAAGCGGAUCCGGGCUGGAGGCGGUGUCGCGGUGCAUGAAUAUUGAUUGCGCGUCGCAGUGCCCGGCGCCCAGCGCCCGCCCCUCUCGGCCUCCCGACGCUCGCUGCUCGCGCUCGGGCUCGCGAUGGGGAAGAAGUCCCGAGCGGUACCCGGCCGCAGGCCCAUCCUGCAGCUCUCUCCGCCGGGUCCUCGGGGUAGCACGCCGGGCCGGGACCCGGAGCCGGAACCCGACACCGAGCCGGACUCAACGGCUGCGGUCCCCAGCCAGCCCGCCCCGGCGGCGGCGACGACCACCACCACCGCGCUGACUGCCGCCGCGGCCUCGGACGACUCGCCUUCAGAAGGCAAGGAUGAACAGGAAGCGGUGCAGGAGGUUCCUAGAGUUGUUCAGAAUCCUCCAAAACCAGUCAUGACCACUAGACCCACAGCUGUUAAAGCGACAGGCGGUCUGUGCUUACUUGGUGCUUAUGCUGACAGUGAUGACGAUGACAAUGAUGUUUCCGAAAAACCAGCACAAUCCAAAGAGACAAAUGGAAACCAGUCGACUGAUAUUGAUAGUACAUUGGCCAACUUCCUGGCGGAGAUCGAUGCCAUAACAGCUCCUCAGCCUGCAGCUCCUAUAGGAGCUUCUGCUCCACCUCCAACUCCACCUCGACCAGAGCCAAAGGAAGCAGCAACAUCUACCCUUUCUUCUACUUCAAAUGGAACAGACUCCACCCAAACAUCUGGAUGGCAGUAUGAUACUCAGUGUUCACUGGCAGGAGUCGGAAUUGAGAUGGGAGAUUGGCAGGAAGUCUGGGAUGAGAACACAGGAUGUUAUUACUAUUGGAAUACACAAACAAAUGAAGUGACUUGGGAGUUACCCCAGUAUCUUGCCACCCAGGUACAGGGAUUACAGCAUUACCAGCCCAGUUCUGUGCCAGGUGCUGAAACUAGUUUUGUGGUAAAUACAGACAUGUAUUCUAAGGAGAAAACGAUUUCUGUUUCCAGUAGUAAAAGUGGACCAGUCAUAGCCAAGCGAGAAGUUAAAAAGGAAGUAAAUGAAGGAAUUCAGGCUCUCUCAAAUAGUGAGGAGGAGAAGAAAGGGGUGGCAGCAUCGCUACUUGCUCCUUUAUUGCCUGAGGGGAUAAAAGAAGAAGAAGAGAGAUGGAGAAGAAAAGUAAUCUGUAAAGAAGAGCCAGUUUCAGAAGGAAAAGAGACAAGUACGACAGUAGAAGAAGCAACAACAAUAGUAAAGCCGCAGGAAAUGUUGUUGGACAAUAUAGAAGACCCUUCUCAGGAGGAUCUUUGCAGUGUUGUCCAAUCUGGAGAAAGCGAGGAAGAAGAGGAACAAGAUACCCUUGAACUGGAGCUAGUUUUGGAAAGGAAAAAGGCAGAGUUGCGAGCCUUGGAGGAAGGAGAUGGUAGUGUGUCAGGGUCUAGUCCACGUUCUGAUAUCAGCCAGCCAGCAUCUCAAGAUGGAAUGCGUAGGCUUAUGUCUAAAAGAGGAAAAUGGAAGAUGUUUGUUCGAGCUACCAGUCCAGAAUCUACCAGCAGGAGUUCUAGUAAAACUGGACGAGAUACUCCAGAAAAUGGAGAAACUGCAAUUGGUGCUGAAAAUUCAGAAAAAACAGAUGAGAAUUCAGAUAAAGAGGUGGAAGUAGAAGAAUCUCCAGAGAAAAUAAAAGUACAAACAACACCAAAAGUAGAAGAAGAACAGGAUUUGAAAUUUCAGAUUGGAGAACUGGCAAAUACCCUGACAAGUAAAUUUGAAUUUCUAGGCAUUAAUAGACAAUCCAUCUCCAACUUUCAUGUGCUGCUCUUACAGACUGAGACUCGAAUUGCAGACUGGCGGGAAGGGGCUCUUAAUGGAAACUACCUUAAACGAAAACUUCAGGAUGCAGCAGAACAACUAAAACAGUAUGAAAUAAACGCCACUCCUAAAGGCUGGUCCUGCCACUGGGACAGGGAUCAUAGACGGUAUUUCUAUGUAAACGAACAGUCGGGCGAGUCUCAGUGGGAGUUUCCAGAUGGUGAAGAGGAAGAAGAAGAAAGCCAAGCGCAAGAAAGUAGAGAUGAGACUCUUGCCAAACAGACCUUGAAAGACAAAACUGGCACUGAUUCAAAUUCUACAGAAUCCUCUGAAACUUCCACAGGUUCUCUUUGCAAAGAAUCCUUUUCUGGUCAAGUUUCUUCUUCAUCACUCAUGCCACUUACUCCAUUCUGGACCCUCCUUCAGUCAAAUGUUCCUGUGCUUCAACCUCCAUUACCCUUGGAAAUGCCACCACCCCCACCUCCACCUCCAGAAUCACCUCCACCCCCUCCUCCACCACCUCCUCCUGUGGAAGAUGGUGAGAUCCAGGAGGUAGAGAUGGAGGAUGAGGGAAGUGAGGAGCCCCCUGCCCCAGGAACAGAGGAGGAUACCCCUUUGAAACCUUCAGCACAAACCACAGUUGUAACUAGCCAGAGUUCAGUUGAUUCCACCAUCUCUAGUUCUUCUUCCACUAAAGGAAUAAAGAGGAAAGCUACAGAAAUUAGUACUGCAGUGGUUCAGAGGUCAGCUACCAUUGGCAGUUCUCCAGUUCUGUAUAGCCAGUCAGCUAUAGCUACAGGUCACCAGGCAGCAGGGAUUGGAAACCAGGCAACAGGAAUUGGACAUCAGACAAUACCAGUUAGCCAUCCAGCAGCAGGAAUGGGUCAUCAGGCCAGAGGAAUGAGCCUGCAGUCAAAUUACCUUGGACUAGCGGCAGCACCUGCAAUUAUGAGUUAUGCAGAAUGUUCCGUCCCAAUUGGAGUGACUGCUCCUUCAUUGCAGCCAGUUCAGGCCCGAGGUGCUGUGCCUACCACUGCCAUUAUAGAACCACCACCACCUCCUCCUCCUCCUCCUCCACCACCACCACCAGCUCCCAAAAUGCCACCACCUGAAAAGACAAAAAAAGGAAAGAAAGACAAGGCAAAGAAGAGUAAAACCAAAAUGCCAUCUUUGGUAAAAAAGUGGCAGAGUAUCCAGCGUGAGUUAGAUGAAGAGGACAAUUCUAGUUCCAGUGAAGAGGAUCGAGAAUCAACUGCACAGAAGCGAAUUGAAGAGUGGAAACAGCAGCAGCUGGUUAGUGGCAUGGCAGAGAGAAAUGCUAAUUUUGAAGCCCUUCCUGAGGAUUGGAGAGCGAGACUAAAGAGAAGGAAAAUGACUCCAAACACAUAGUUUUUAAGUUUUUAAAACUUUUUUUGUAUUAUUACUUGUUUUGUGUUCAGUUCAAAGUCUUAACCAGUUUUAUUGUCAAAUAAACUAUAAAUGUUGUGGGGGAGAUGUUAUAAAUUUUCUGGGCAAGAGUGUAUGCAUACAAAGUUUUCACUUUUAUGAAAUGUAAUUUUUUUGUUUUGCUAAGGGAUGAGGUGAUUGGAAUUGCUUUGACCAUGCUGCCUUUAUUCUCAAACUGGCAAACUUAGCAUGUUAGGUAUAUUAACCUCAUCAAUCUUGAAGAACAUGUGGUUCAUGAGUAUAACACCUCUGUAGAGGACUCCCUGACAAAAGUGAAGAAUUAACUUCUCCUCCAGAACAAGUGCAAUUCAGAAGGCAGCUCUGCAUUCUACCUUGCUUGACUGGAAUUGUCUGAAUCUUUUUCUGACCUCUUUUCUCUAGUCGGCCACCCCUGAAGUGCUGAGGUCUAAGUGGUUUACCUCAUGCUGAUAGAUGGCCACACUCUUUAGAGUAGUUCUCAUAAAUUCUAGAACUGGUAGCUCAGUCGUUUCACACACUAGGUGGCAUACAAGCAGCAGCAGGUGUUCAUAUCCUUGAUUUUGAGAAUUUCCCCUCAAGUAUGUGGCAGUAAAUGCAAAGAGACAGUCUGUGUAUUAAUGUCUCCAUUGUCUUAACCCUGUUCCAAAACAAAAUUCACCUCCUUUCUUUAUGUGAAUGUAUUCUCCAUAAAAUUCCAGUAUUUAAAAAGCAGUUUACUGUUCUGUACUUUCUUGUGUCACAAUCAGGUAAAAGUCACUUUAAACUGAGGAAACAGCAAAUUGUGUUUUAAAGCUCUUUGUAUUUCUCCAGUUUCUGACCUUGUAAAUUUGUAUAUAUGCACUAAUAAAGCUUUUUUUUAUAAUUCUGA